CCAGAAUCAUGAAGCCACUUCCUCCUUAGCCAAUCUCAGCUCCCAACUUCAAUCUCACCCACCUUCCCUCUCCUCUCCUCUUCUCUCUCUGUCUCUCUCUCUUUCUCCAAAAAAACCAGACAAAAAUGCUGGGAAAGAAGAUGGUAAGCUUCAAAAAACUAGCCAAGAAAGUGAAGGUUAUGGGUGGUGCUAAUGAGCCAUCACACCAUGAAUGUUUGCUAAGAGAGUCGUCAGCAGCAGAGCAAGGAGGGUCUCCUUCAACCAAACCCCCAACUGGGUUUUUGGCCUUGUAUGUUGGAGAAGAGCGCCAGAGGUUUCUGGUGAGGACAAGCUUUCUCUCUCAUCCACUCUUCAAGAUGCUGUUGGAGAAGGCUUACAAUGAGUAUGGAUUUGAGCAGAGAAAUGGACUUGUGGUUCCCUGCAGUGUGUCUGCUUUUGAGGAGGUUGUGAAUGCUGUGGAAUGCAGCAAUGGGAAGUUUGAUUUUGGAGAGCUUGUUGAAGAGUUUAUUUCCUGA